AUGACAUUGGAGAAUCAUAAGAAUGAUACGUCACUAGCAAUUGAAGUCAACGACCUCACGUACGAAUUCCCUCGUGGCAACAACAAUAAUGGCAAUACCAAUAAAAUCGGUUUACAAGACAUAACAUUACAAAUAUCUUGGGGAACCACCAAUUUAAUCAUUGGAUCCAAUGGAGCUGGGAAAUCAACGUUAUUACGUAUUCUUGCCGGAAAGACUUUAAUCAAAAAGGGGAAAUUAAAAAUUGGUGGAUUUGAUCCAUUUGAGUUUUCGACUGGUGAUGGUGAACGUCAUUAUAAUGCAGAUAUCAACAACUACAUCACUUAUUUAGGAACUGAAUGGAUCACCAACUCAGUGAUCAAACGAGAUAUACCAGUUAAUCUCUUGCUCAGUUCAAUUGGAGGUGAAAUAUAUGCAGAGAGGAGAAAUCUGUUGAUUGAUAUAUUGGAUAUUGAUCCAUCAUGGUCAAUGAUUAAUUUAUCCGAUGGAGAAAGAAGACGAGUUCAAAUUGCCAUGGGGUUAAUAAAACCUUGGAAAUUGUUACUUCUUGAUGAAGUCACUAUAGAUUUGGAUGUAGUUGUACGACUGAAGUUGUUGAAUUAUUUGAAACUGGAAUGUAGUGAUCGAAAUUGUACCGUUGUUUAUGCAACUCAUAUUUUCGAUGGAUUGGGUAAUGAAUGGUGUGAUAGGUUGUUGCAUAUUGAUUCAGGGUUGUUGUUGAAUGAUAUCGAUAUGAAUCAAAUUGAAUUCAAGAGCGGUGGUGGUGAGGAUGUUGAUGUUGAUGUUAGGGAAGAUAGGAUUGUUAUUAGUAAAUCCAAUACAUUGCACCCUUUGGCGUUGUGUUGGUUAUCUGAAGAUUUACAAAGACGUGGCCUGAGACAAGAUGAGAAGGAAAAGAUACAUAAGAGACAUAAUGAUUGGAUUAAUUCUCGAGAUGGAUCAUAUUUUGAUGCCAGUGAUGAUAAAUUAAAACAGUACUUUAAAAAUACUCGAAGUGAGAGGUAA